GAUGAGAGGACGCCUCCUCCUGCAGGAACGCCGGUCUUUGGCCCUGUGGGCGUGAAUGGCUCGUCCCCACCCCCAGAGGGGCUUACUCCUUUGACAAGCGAAGUACCCCUGGGCGCUUAUUACGGACAGGGACCAACAGAAGUUAUAUGGCUCACAUCUGACAUCAUGCACCACCGGUGGCUGCUGUUAGCUGCAUGCUUUUGGGUAAUAUUCAUGUUCAUGGUUGCUAGCAAGUUCAUCACAUUGACCUUCAAAGAUCCUGAUGUUUAUGGUGCUAAGCAAGAGCCAUUAAUACUGACAGCUAUAACUGAAGUAGAAAAAGUUAAAGUGACAAAAGAGAAGAGGUUACCUGGAGAGUUUCAGACGAUAGGAAGAGGUCUAUCUGAAGACCUUGUACAUCAACCUCUGGUCCAUAUGGAAAGGCUUGAGCUACUCAGGAAUGUAUGCCAAGAUGCAUCGCUGAGAAACCUCACCCAUACUACUGUUUCAAAAUUUGUUUUGGACCGAAUAUUUGUAUGUGACAAGCACAAGAUCCUCUUCUGUCAAACUCCAAAAGUUGGCAAUACUCAGUGGAAGAAAGUCUUGAUUGUUUUAAAUGGAGCUUUUUCUUCCAUAGAGGAGAUACCAGAGAAUAUUGUGCAUGACCAUGAGAAGAAUGGGUUGCCACGCUUAUCUUCCUUCAGUGACUCUGAAAUCCAAAAACGACUGAAAUUAUACUUCAAGUUUUUUAUCGUGAGAGAUCCAUUUGAGAGGCUUAUUUCUGCAUUUAAGGAUAAGUUUGUCCACAAUCCUCGAUUUGAACCUUGGUAUAGGCAUGAAAUUGCUCCUGGCAUCAUUCGAAAAUAUAGAAAGAAUCGCACUGAGACUAGGGGGCUGCAGUUUGAGGACUUUGUGCGCUACUUGGGUGAUCCAAAUCAUCGAUGGCUAGAUAUACAAUUUGGAGACCACAUAAUUCAUUGGGUAACUUACGUGGAACUUUGUGCCCCCUGUGAAAUAACAUACAGUGUAAUCGGACAUCAUGAAACACUAGAAGAGGAUGCACCGUACAUCUUGAAGGAAGCGGGAAUAGACCAUCUAGUGUCUUAUCCUGCAAUUCCACCUGGCAUAACAAUAUACAACAAAACUAAGGUGGAGCGCUAUUUCUCAGGAAUUAGCAAGAGAGACAUACGACGCCUUUAUGCCCGGUUUGAAGGAGAUUUUAAUCUUUUUGGCUACCAAGAGCCAGAUUUCUUACUAAACUGACAUCUAGAAGUUGUGGGAAAAUGAGUCUAACAGGUUAAACUAAAGUGUACAAAUAAUCUUCUGAAUAACUGAGGCUCAUGGUACUGUACUUUUCCUAGGUUUCAGAAAUCGUUCCCUAUAUCUGUUGAACAUUUGCUAUAGAAGCAACUAGGUAUUGCAAAGUGUUAGCUACUGAAAAUUGUUUUAAUAUAUGACACUACAAUAUGUUACAAACAAAACCUAUUAAGAUAGAAAACAUCAAAUAUUCCUCUUUCCCUUUCUAAUAGAUAAUGGACCAAUAAUUUAUAAAUGAACUUGAAAGUGAAUGCAUUAUAAAGAACAUGUAGAAAGUGUGGCAACUUUCUGUAGUGUACAUGGGCUAAGGACCUGAAUAUGAAACGCAGAGGUCAACAGAGGACCAAAAAUUGGUAUGUAUUUUUAGUUAAGGAGAAGACUUCCAGAUUCUAAUAUGGAUUCAGCCUGAAGGUCUUUUUCUUUGUUAUUUUGCCAUAGCCUUGUGAUAGUUACUGCUAUUCAUUCAGACCACAGAGUUGUGCAUUAUUAACUUAUAACUUCUGAGUUCAUAUGAGAUCAGAAAUCUGCUGCAAGUGAAGCCUUAGAUUCCACUAUUAAAAAUAGCCUGUUGGGAAAACUAAAAAUGUGAUGGUUUCUUCUAUUUGCUUGAGGGUUUUUAGGCAUUAGUAUCUAUUGUGCAUUUUUCCAGAGAUUGGUAAACCUGUGCAUUUUGCCAUGGGUAAUUCUUUUUUUCCAAUGGUGCUGGCUAUCUUAAUGAUCUGACAAGCCAUGAAACAAUAUAAGUUUAAUAGUUGCCAUAAUAAAUUUGACCAAUGUUCUAUUCAAAUAGGUGUUGGGACUGAUUUUUAACCAUAGAAAUACCCAUGCAUGCAAUGGGGCAGUUGGACUCCAUUUCUCCACUGCAUGUGGAACACUACUAACAUGUUAUGCAAGAUAUAUGCCUGAUCCCUAUGAUUUUAAAAAGGGGGAAAGACUGCAAAAAGCAGGUGCCUAUGGAUAUGGUACAUAUAUGUACCAUGUUGCAUUAUAUGCACUAUGUUGUGUUAUAUGCACAGUGAGACAUAAGUGAUCCCCUGCCUGAUAGCAUGCAUGGUAUUUCAUGACUGAAUGUGUUAAUUGGUCCUUGCAAUGGGCAGAACCUGUCGAUAUGGUCUCUCUCAGUUUUUAUAAGGUUUUCUCCAUUCCUUCACGAUGUGAUUGUUUGCCAUAUAAAACUACCAAUGAAUAAACGACCAAUUCACCAGGAGUACAAAGAGAUGUUGUGUCUAUAUGCAUACAUUUACUAAAGUUUAAUUCCCAAAACAAUAAUCUAAUUUGUGCUUGUGUUGUCUUUGUCUGAUAAAGACUUUUUAUUUGUUCACCAGCAAUAAAAUUCUCCUGUUGAUCAGCUUUGCUCCACUGUGCUGCCAGGAGGAAGAAAUGGUUGCAUUUGAACUAUCAGUAGGUCAAGUUGUUUUUUGGACAACACUUUUGACAUUGGAUGUAAAUGUUGGAAUCACAUUAUAGUAGUGUCUUAACCUGCUUGGCCAGAAGUAGUCAGAGUGGUGAAAAAAUAAGAGUUUAAUCUCUAGAAUCUGGCCACAAUAUAACUCUCAAGGAUGUGUUUUGUAUUUGUAAACUUGAGGGGGAAAAGAAUAGAAAAUUAGUGCCAAAACUGCUGCUUCCACAAAAAUAAAACCUGUAUGAGUGGGAUCUAAUCCCAGAAGGAUCUUUAAAGCCUAAGAGCCAUUCUACCCAUUACAUAGGCACAGCUGAUUGAAUUCUAGACUAUACUACCACUUCAGAUUGGGGAACAGUUAUGUUAUUGAAUGCUCAUAUUUAUUAAAUCCUCCCUGAAUGUAGCACAUCAGGUAGAAAGGCUUAGCUUACCCUCUUCCUGGUGAUAGUUUUCUAGGUGACAGCAGUGCAUUAAAAUAGGAGACACAGCACAUUAAAAACAGUCUCCCCUCCACUACAGUCCAUAUUUCUAUCACUUAAUUCAGUAUAAUAUGUAGAAUGGCUCUAAUUUAUGUAAGGGAGAAGUACAAGCUGUUUCUCACAUGGCAGUUUCCCUGACACAUCUCCCUUCUGUGUAGGAAAACAUGCAUGAAUUGUUUAUGUGGAAGACAUAAUAUGCGUCUAUUAUUGCUAUGAACACAUGAACUUUGCAAUUUUCCUUCACAGAAAUAAUAUCCACGCAAGGAAAUUAUUACAUGUGAAGGUGCCCUUAGUUACUGUGGUUAGCAAGAGAUAUGUCCAAGAUGGCAAAGCCUGAAGUGCUCUUGCCAUUAUUUUUGGGACGGGGGUGCACUUACAGUAUCCAGUACAUUAGGUCUUAACUGAUGUUGAAAGGAUGUAACAGCUCAGUUAUUUUUAUACGAAGUGUUAAAAAGUAUAUUGUUUAAUUGUGUCAAGACUAAUGAGCUGAUCAAGUUACCUCUCUGCUGAAUUAAAAUGUAACAAUGUGAGAAAUGUAUAGCAAAUUAAGGCCUUAAAAAGCUAAUUCUAAUAAAAAAAAAAGUUGAAGAA